AUCACAACAGCAAAUAUGGCGCACGCCAAGCGAAGUGACGUUGACAGUGCUUCCUUAAAAGCAUCUGAAGAUAAACCAAUUAAAGUUGAUAAAUGGGAUGGCUCUGCAGUAAAAAAUGCUCUGGAUGAUGCAGUAAAGAAAGCAUUCACAGAGAAAUUCAAGUAUGUAGAAAGUCAUAAACUCAUGGAUGGGCGCUUGGCCAUAUCAGGAAUUGCUGUUGGAGCUGCCAUGUUUGCCCUUUUAUGGGAUUACUUACAUCCAUUUCCAGAAUCAAGACCAGUAUUAAUAUUAUGUGUCAAUUCGUAUUUUAUCCUCAUGGGCUUGUUAACUUUAUAUACCACAUUUUUGGAAAAGGGAAUAUUUUUAGUUGCUAUUGAUAGAGAUCCUGCAGGUGUUGACCCUGACCACACAUGGAAAGCUAGUUCUUCUUUGAAAAGGUUUGAUGACAUGUAUCAUCUGUUUAUUUCAUUUACUGAUGGAGUUACCAAUAAAACAAGGGAAGCAGAAUUUGAAAAAUCCAUCAGUUGCUGGUUUGAUACCAAUGGGACUUUGUUAUAUGAUUUAUUUGAACCUGAAGUUUCAAAAUUACAUUCAAGCUUGUUAUCUGAUAAGAAGAAAAAGUAACUCUAUAUCUUCAUACUUAAUUUGAUAAAUGUUCAUUUACUUAAUGUGAAUUCCAUUUGCUUUAAUAUUUUCAUAUGUUAUUUAAAUAAACUUUAAAAGAGCAUAUCAAAUGUAUUAUGUGAAUUCAAUUAAAUUCAUCAAUGUUACGACAUGAUUUUAAUAUAAAGGUUCUAGCAUAAUUAAUUAUUAAAAUGCAACACAUGACAGAUACAUAAAACAGGGUUCGUACGCUCCUUACAAACUCUUGCUUUUUAAGAAAAGAAAAUAGGGGCAUUUAAAACUCAUUUUUUUAAAUAUUCUACAUGAC